UUGAGUCUCCAAAACAAAACAAAAUGAAAAUUUUUUUGUUAAUUGUUUUUAAUUAUGGAUCAAAUUAAUUAAUUGUUGUUCCUGGAUUAUUAACUUUAUUUAUUGAAUUUUUUUUGCUAAAUUAAUGUAUAUUGUCUUGUGAUGCCACCGAAACGAUAUUUUGACGAUGAAAGGAGCGCCAAACCAGGUAUACUUAGCGAUGAAUUAAGAGCUGCCAUUAAUCUUCAUGAUGAUAAGUUACCCAUGUGGAUAUAUAAGAUGAGGGUUCUUGGUUAUCCUCCCGGUUGGCUUCAACAAGCUGACAUUAGUAAUUCAUCAUUACAAUUAUUUGAUGACACUAGUCAAGUUCAUCAAUCAACUACUUCCCAAGUUGAAGAACAAGCUUUCAAUCCAGAAUGUUUUGUUGAAUUCCCGGGUUUUAAUGCUCCUGUUCCAGAAGGAGUGAAAGAUCACUGUGAGAUUCUGGGAAUGCCUCCAAUGCAAGGUUUCCAACAGCUUAAUUUCGUUAAACAAACGAUUCUCCCACCGAAGCCUGUCCCAUAUAAACGGAUCAAAUUGUCUAAAAAUGACUCUGAUACAAAUAAUGGUUCUGUCUGUUUAGAUGAUGAUGACGACGAAAUACAAAUUAUCGAACCAAAUUCGGAAAAAAUAAAAACAAUUAUGAUCCAAGAUGUAGAAAAGGAAGAAGGCGAAGCAAGUGACUCAGAUGAUGAGAUAAUUGCCAUUAGUAGUUCAAUCGAAAAGCCAAAAGAUCAUCAAAAUUCAUCCAUAUCAAUUAUAUCAACUUCAAGUGAAUCGAAAACUAAAUCGCCAAGUCCACGAAAUGAUUCAAUUAUCUUAAUAUCUCCAACUAAACCAGAUUUAAGUCUUCCAUCAACAUCAUCAGCAUCUCAACAAUCACCAUUACUAUCUCCAACAACAACAGAAUUAAUUCAAAAAAUGUCGAAAAAGACAAACAAGAAGAAGAGAAAUCAAUUAAACGAAACAACAUCAAUAGAGAUUCAGGGUGAAGAUAAACAAUCAAAUGAUAAUCCGACUUCUCAACCAGAAGAUUCACCUUCAUCCACAAUACAAGAACAAAUUAAAUCACCUUCAAUGCGACUAAUUGGUAUGGGCUGCCCGACACCCGCUGAUAUUGAUUGUAAAAAACCUCCGUUAGAAAAGUUUGCCGUUGGAAUGGGAGAAUUAAUUUACUUUGAAAAUCUUCCAACAUCAACUGGAGUUUUCGAUAAAAUGAGACAUGUGAUCUUUAAAGUUCGUAAAAAACUUUCCGAAUGAAAAGACUUUUAAUUUACUAAUCAUCUCUUCAUUCAAUUUGUAAAUUCAUUCACAUUUUCCUUAAUUUUUUUCAUAGAAACAUUUAUACAAAUACAUUAACAUGAAUUCAAUCACUUUGAAAAUGUACAAAGAUUUAAAUUUAAUCACAUGUGAUUAUAAAGCGACCAGGAUGAUUUUAUAA